AUGAUGAACCAGUCAAGAGUAAGUGGAUUCCUACUACAUGGCUUUCCUGAUAUUCGGGAGGUGCAGGUAUUUCACAUCAACCUUUUUAUCAUAAUAUAUUUGGUGGCCCUCACAGAAAAUAUCAUGAUCAUCACAGUCAUCUUCUACAGCCAUCAGCUUCAUACACCCAUGUACUUCUUUCUGGCCAACCUGUCAUUGCAAGACAUUGGCUCCAUAUCGGUUACAGUUCCCAAGUCCAUUGCAAAUUCCUUGAUGAAGACCCAAACCAUCUCUUACUCUGGAUGUGCCUGUCAAGUAUUCUUCCUUGUUUUCUUCAUAUUGUCUCAUUAUAUCCUCCUUGGUGUUAUGGCAUAUGAUCGCUAUGUUGCCAUCUGCAAUCCACUGCAUUAUGAGACUGUCAUGAACAAGAAAGCCUGCAUUCAGAUGGCAACCAGUGCAUGGAUUGGGGGACUUUUCUAUGCAACAAUGUACACUGGAACAACAUUCAAAAUUGAGUUCUGUUCUAAUGUUAUCAAUCAGUUUUUCUGUGAAAUCCCACAACUGCUGAAGAACUCUUGCCCUGACUCAGAUAUUACUGUGAUUUGGGUUCUAACUUUUGGAGCUUGUUUAGGCUUCAUCUACUUUGCUCUAAUUGCCUUUUCUUAUUACAGGUAG